AUGGACUCACCUGGGUCUCAGGGUGUCCCGCAAUUCUCCAGCUUCCGACCUCCCCCUACCUCUCCUCCGGCCGCCGCUACCGGCUCGGAACAUGAACGUCGCCGUCGCUCGGGCCACCGUCAACGUGCAGACCGGAAAGAGUCUCCGCGCUCUCGUCGCCAUGAAAGGCGUUCGGAUGGUGGCCGUCAAAAGGCGACAGGUGAAGAAAGUAAGGAGCGCCUGAGUGGGGAAGGGAUUGACAAAAUUGACGAUGUAAACGCUGCAAACGCUGAGGCAAACAAAGGGUUUGUCGUCGACAGCCUCGGCGAUCGCGACAAUACACGUUACGGCGUGGAUCGCUACGAGGUCCCUGCGUACCAUCGCAAUGGCAAUGGUUUCGUACUUGGCCUCCCGGGCCGGCGCAUUGACUACGAAACCCGAUAUGACCAAGGUCCCCUUCUCCUUCUUCGCCCCGACUCCGGCUCCUCUGCAAGCACUGCAGCCAAGCCUCUCUCUGCCGGAACCCUAUCUGCUUUGUCCAUCAAUCUUCCCAUUCGCCUCCGGUCUGAUCUCGCCAACCUUGCUGCUGAGACCCAACAUGGACAAAAUUUCAUCCCAACAACUGUCCCAUCUCAAUCCGGCGUUGCGGCAACUGCCAACCUAGAUGAUGAGCAACCGUCUUAUCGCUCCAUCCAUAUCCCGGCUAAGUCCGAAGAACAGGCCACUGAGGAUUUUGAUGCGAACGCCUUCACUCGACUUGCUGUCGAAGCUGAGAUCUUGAAUCGCAAUGCCAAGUUGAACAGCGCAGUGGCGCAACAUCCUAAUGAUAUCCAAGCAUGGAUCCGUCUUGCUGAGCAUCAAGAACUUACUAUCACGGGCGCGAGAUCUGGCGACCGGACUUCCUAUCACGACGAUUUACAAGUUGUGGCAAGAGCCAAGCUGUAUGUGUAUGAAAGAGCUCUCAAAGCUAACCCACAAAAUCCUGAACGCGAUCACCUCGUGCUGGCCCGUAUGGAGGAGGGUGCGAAAGUCUGGGACACCACAAAACUCGCAUUGGAAUGGGACGGAGUCCUCCGUCGCCACUCUGAGUUCAUCACUGUAUGGAUUGAGUAUCUUGACUACUGUCAGACUGACAGUCGGGAUUUCAACUUUGACGGUUGCUUUAAGACUUAUGCAUACUGCUUGAAGAUUCAUUCACGCGUCGGCUUCGGACCGCAGAAAACGUUCAUCAGAUCAUACUUGCUGCUCCGUUUGACCCUGUUUCUUCGAGAAUCGGGGCACGUAGAGCUAUCCGUAGGUCUGUGGCAAGCGGUACUCGAAUUUACAUGCUUCCGACCAGCCCAUCUAAUGGGAAAGAAAGAAGAGGCCCUAGUGGAAUUUAAAAAGUUCUGGGCACCUGGACACAUUCGGAUUGGGGAGCCCCAUUGGCAACCCUGGAACAGUGCACAAACCUCCCGUGCUCCUGCCAACGAGCAUGUUUACACUUCUGAGGCGGAUUCCCGAGACUUGUUCCCAACCUGGGCACAUGCAGAAAGAGAACGGAUGUUCAAAAACCGCAUGCCGUCACAUGCCUUUGAUGAAUCCAAAGAGAAUGACGCUGCUCGGGUGGUCCUUCUUGAAGAUUGCACGCAGAUACUGCCAUACUUCUGGGACUUGGAACAAAGCCUUGGUUCCCUAGUUGAUGGCUUCUUGUAUUUCUGCCAUUUGCCUCAUUUGACAUUGCCUGCGAAUAUGCACACCAGCCGACUCUGGACUGGUGAUAAGUUCCUGCGAAACGAAUACAUGGAUGAUCCUCGAAACACAAUCGCGGACUGGAUCACUUUUCAGAAAUAUGCCUCAACCACAACCGUUGUGCCUUUCGCAUUCCCUCACCAUACCUUCGUUCACACCACCGAUACUCUUUUUGCCGACCCAAAGCUGUGGUUCUCCGCUCUGACGAAGUGGGCUGAAACCACCUCUCAUUCUUCCUGUGUCAUCGAUCCCGAGUUUGUACUCUUGACUCUCCAUGCCCUUGUCGAUGUCUUCAGAGACAGCCAAUUGGCUGAAUACGCCAUUGCAGUAACUUUCGCGUGUAACAACGCUCUGGGCAAAAAGUUCGGAAAGCGACUCUUGAAGGAGCGAUCAUCAAACCUGAGGCUUUACAAUGCCGUUGCGCUCAUGUAUUGGCGGACUGGCGAUCUUGACAUUGCUCACAAUGUGUGGUCCACCGCUUUGUCUAUGAGCCAGAACUUUGACGCUUGCGAGCUCACUGACUCUGCACUCCUGUGGAACUCGUGGAUUUGGGAAAUGCUUCACGCUGGGCAAAAGAAUCGAGCAUCAUACCUGUUGCAGGCCAUGCCUUACAAUCGAGUCCACUUGCUGUCAUACGACACAGCUGAUGAACUUGAAAUCAACGAAACCAAUUUUCUCAGGGUCAAGAAGUGCUUGUUUGCCGCUCAGAAGAAUGCCUUGAAGUUCAAGAAAAUGCAAGCAUACGCAGCUUACGCCGACUGCUAUGCUAUCGUCCUCUAUCUCAUGGGCGAGCUACUUGAAGAAGUCCUCGAAGUCUACAAUGACGCCAUCACUUCCCUUAGAGUCCUGGACAGGACCGAUGAUGAUUUCAGGGUAUUGGGCGGAGAAUUGCUGCACCAAGCCCGAGCCCGAAUCUCGUACCACUAUGUGAAGAAGCAGAGUGGUCAAUUCAGACCUGCCGACGUUCGUGCGCUGCUCCUGGAUAGCCUGGAAUGGUGGCCUCACAACACCAUGUUCUUGUCGCUGUUCAAAUGGAACGAGGCUCGGCUGCAUAUGAGCGAUCGAACCCGCGACAUCUUCGACGUCACCAUCGGGGCGAAGGGCAGGGCCGCCAAGGAUCUGCACGGGCCGGCCCCAAUCUACCGUGUACCCGUCACGACUCACCUUUUCAGCAUCUACGCUGAAAUGGGCCGCCCUCUCACGCUCGGCUCGACCCCGGAUUCAAUCCGGGCAGCCUUCGAGCGAGCGAUCGGUGAUGCUGGCAUCGUCCCGAUCGGGCGAACCCCUGUACGGAAGAGUCCCUUCGAGCUGGCGAGCUCAACCUCCGCGCAGACCAGCCUCACUAUCUGGAAGCUGUACAUCUUCUACGAGCUGUACGCGGAGUACAACGUCGGCCGCGCCCGCGAGAUCUACUUCCGGGCCCUACGCUCCUGCCCCUGGGCGAAGGAGCUGUACCUGCUGGCCUUCGAGCACCUGCGGGCGGACUUGACCAACCGCCUGCCCCCCUGCCGCCUCAACCGCCAGGGGGAGGUCAACCCUUCGGGGUUCGACCCUGCAGAGCUCCGAGCUCUGUACACGGAGAUGCUGCGCCGUGGACUUCGGGUCCACUACCAUGUGGAGAGUUUCUGGGCCGAGUAG